UCCUGCUUGCAAUUUCCCAUUCCACUGUGAAAGUAUAUCUAUCUGCAAUUUCCAUACGUCUUCUUCUUAUAAAGCACUCAUACCUACUUGCAUCAUGUCUUCUCCCAUCAAGAACGUAAUGAUCAUCGGCGCAUCAGGCAGCAUUGGCCCCGCUGUCAUCUCUUCUCUUCUGGCAAACAACUUCGCCGUCUCAGUCCUAACUCGCGAAUCCUCUUCUUCAACUUUCCCAUCAGACAUCACCGUCCAUUGCACAGAUUACUCUCCCACCUCACUCAUCAAAGCAUUCCAAGGCCAGGAUGCCAUCAUCUCAGCAAUAGCAACCAUGUCAACCUCUCUCCAAUCCAGCAUCGUCGACGCCGCAGUCACCGCGGGUGUCAAACGUUUCAUCCCCUCCGAAUAUGGAAUCGACACUUCCAUUCCCGAAGUCGAAACUCUCGUUCCUCUUACAAAAGGGAAACGAGACACAAUCGCGCAUCUGAGAACCAAAGAGAAGGAGGGGUUGAGCUGGACGGCUAUUUGCGUUGGCUCGUUCUUUGAUUGGACAUUUGCAUUACCGCGUGUUCAGGGCUGGAAUCUACCUGAGAGGAAAGCCUUGAUUUUUGAUGGAGGGAUCUAUGAGUAUGAAGCUACUAAUAUCGAGCAGAUUGGACGGGCUGUUGCCGCUGUGCUCCUUCCUGGGCAUUUGGAGGAGACGGAAAAUAAGUAUGUGUACGUGAACUCGUUUACGGUGUCGCAGACACAGGUCUUGAAUGCUUUGGAGAAGGCUACGGGAGAGAAGUUUGAGGUUGAGCAUGCAAAGGUCGAGGAACUGGUUCGGCUUAAGUGGGAAGGGUUGGGAUUGAAAGGCGGUUGGUUCGGCAGUGAAGAGAUCACGGCUGCGCUUUAUGGUAAUGGGAACGUGAAUAACUUUUCUAAGAAGGGUUUGUUGAAUGAUAGGUUGGGCUUGCCAAAGGAGGAUUUGGAGGAAACUUUGAAGAGGGUUCUGGAAAAGAAAGCUUAG